ACAGAAGGUGGAAGAAUGACAGUCCCACUUCGUAGUCCGAAACUUCUUCAGGUGACACUAGCAGUGAUUAAACCUGAUGCUGUAGCCCACCCUUUCAUAUUACAGAGAUUAAGGAGUGGAUGUUACACACAGGACCAUGGAACAGUAUAUUUCACAACCUGGUGAGCGAAUGACAGACCGGGGUAAUAAUUUGAGAAGUGGAGAUUUACCCAAAGCUUGGGAAAGACAUUUAGAGGAUGGAUGGAAUCAAAGAACUGUGAACCCCUUUACUACAGUCGGACAGGGAUCUGGAGUUCAAUUCUCUUCAGAGGCAAUACAUCAGAAGAUUCUGGAGAACAGAUUCAUUAUAGUAAGGUCAAAAGAUAUAUUUUGGACAAGGAAAGAGUCUGAAAGCUUUUACUCUGAGCACAAAGGCAGAUUUUUCUACCAGAGGCUGGUGGAAUUUAUGUGCAGUGGACCAAUGAGAGCAUACAUUUUGGCAAAGGAAAAUGCAGUUACACAUUGGAGAUCACUUAUGGGACCUACCAAAGUUUUCCGAGCUCGCUUCACUGCUCCAGAGUCUAUUAGAGGAUCAUUUGGGCUAACUGAUACCAGGAACACUACACAUGGAUCAGACUCUUCAGAAUCAGCUAGCAGGGAGAUUGCUUUCUUCUUUCCAGAAUUCAGAGAAACCCAGUGGUUCCAGGAAGAGGAAUCCCAUUUCCGAUUAGGAAACAUUUUUUAUGAUCCUGAGAAACAUGUGCACACUAUUAAACAUAACUGAUGAGAAGAUGAGUGGAUAACUGGUUCUUCAGGUGACCAAAAAGUAGGGUUAGUGACAUGCAUUUCAGCUCUCAGUUAAAGGGAUAACGUGGUUUGUACUGACACUUAUGUCUAAGACAGAGUUAUACAAAAGCACUGCUCUAGGGAGCUGGUGGGAAAGCCAGUAUGUGUGUACAACCUUUAAAGGAGAUGUUGUGUUACUGCACAUAGAUGAGAGGUGUGCCAGAACAGGAACUGUUUCACUCAAGACAUUUCUCCAUAGAUCAGCAGAUCUGCACUGUAUCAGUCAAGGAUGUAAUAUGGUUCAUGUAACAGUGAGGAGUGGCAUGGGAUGCUUUGUGUUAAAAUUGUUGUAGAAGUCUGCAAUUAAUAUUCAUACCUGGAAGAAGUACUUCAUAGGAAUAUGGGUGAGCAUGCAGUGCUGUAUAUGCCCAUGGAGAGGAACAAUGAAUAGUUAUAGCUUCAGACAGUGAAGAGAAAGCAUGUCAUGCACAUAAAUGCUUGGGCAUAUUGUUAUAGAUACUAGAAGAGAGGACAAAUGAAUACAUCCUACUGCAGACACCAGAUGGGAGAAAAAGCAUGCUGUACUGUUUGCUGCUGUGGAGAAGUUGAUUGAAUACAUGCAUGUUAUAUAUGGCAACAAUCAACUGAAUACAUACUGUUGUAGAAAGCCAAGGGAAUGCCCUUGAACAUGAGCAUAACUUUAUAAUUUGCAGUCUGAUAAGAACUGUUUGACCAUCUAGUCUUUUAGAUAUAAUACGUGAGGUUAACAGAAAUUUAAAAUGGGUCUAAUGAAAGAGACAUAGUAAUGACAUUAGUUUCUAAAUGCACAAUGCUCAACAUCCCUAAAGACUAAAAUUCUAGUAAGGUAUUAAAGUUAGAUGUUGCUAAGCUGGCUAUAGCCACACUUCUAGUACAGUGUACAAAGCAUGUAGAAACAUACACACACACACACACACACACACACAUAUACACUUAUAUAUUCAGUACUGACAACCAAGUUUCCUCAUUAAUAGUGAUACUAGGAAUGCUAAAUCCACCAGGGUCAACUAACAUCAGCCACUGGUAAUAGUUGCCUCAUUAAUUUGUUUUUCAGUAAUUUGUUGUGGUGUGAGGAAGCUGCAUUUCCCCAAAAGUGAAGCAGGGCUGUAGAUGGACUAAAUAAGAGUACUGCACUGUCUUCAGUUAUUAACAUCUAGAACACGAGUCCAUGCCUGUCCCUCACCUGACAUUUUAGAAUGAGCAAAAUAAUGAGGCACGGUGGGUACUUGCUCUGAUAUAGCCUAGGAGAACAUAGCACAGUGAUUGCAGAUGUGUGAAACAUAAAACACUGUCUUGACUUAUGGCAUCUUCCCACAGCCCAGAGCAAUAUUUUGAUAUAAGCAGAAGAAAAUGGUGGACAAGCGUGUGCUUUUGCAUGCUGUUAUGCUCAUGAAGCACGUGUGAAAAUCUUUUCAGCAGCUGCAUUCUGCCUCCAUAAACCAAUUUUAUUAUGAAUUUGCAUAAGGCCUCCUGUAAAUUACUAUUGUAUAUAACAUGUAGUCAUAUUAACACAUUAACACUUCCUCCACUACUCCUCUUUCUUUUUCCAUUCCCAGCUAGCAAAUUCAUACUUGCUUCCACCAUUCAACUCCUCACUUGUACCAAGUAAAUAAAAAAAAAAAAAACACAAUACUAUUUCUUUUUAUAUUUCUCCUCUAUUACUUGUUUUGUUUGAUACUUAUGUUUUUCUCUAUAUAAACUAUGUAUUGAAAUUAAUCUUUGUAUUUUAUGUAUUGUGUAACAUAAUCCUUGUAUAAUCUGUAUGUGGAGCUUUUCUCCCCAGGACUCCAUUGAAAACAGGUUCUUUGGGCCCAAUGGACUAUCCUGGUUAAACAGCAGCAAAUAAAUAAAAUAAAUAAAUAAAUUAUCCUAUUUGUAUUGAUAUCCACAAUGGCCAAGUAGUGAAUACUGCUGAAUUAACUACAGAUGCAUUUUAAAGUGUGUAAAGCAUGUGCAGAAAAAAAAACCUCUGUACCAGUUCACUGUGUUUGUCCAGUACCUUUUACAUAAUUACUGAUAAUGAGGGGUGUCCAGUCUCCCAUCAUUCCAUAUUCACAGUAGCUGAUCAUUAAAUGCUGAUGAAGACUGAUGAAAAGCACAUGAUUACUGGUCCACAGUUGUCUGCUUCUUAAUUUUUUUAAUUUAUUUCUAAAUAAAAAUUACAGUGCAUUAUCCUCUGUUAUAUGCUGUUCUGGUCUUCCCAGUGUACACCCACUACCCAUUACUUCUCAAAACCCUACUUUUCUAUAUGCAGACCUUCAGCACAGUCUUCUUUCCUGCUCCAGAGACUUUGCUCAGACCCCAAAAUCUAGAUAAUGACUAUUUUUUUUAUUUUUGUAUUGUUUGCUAUAACACUUUCAGCAAAUAACUGUAUCUUAAUCAAAAUAUCACAUAUCUUAUCUCUCCCCCACCAUGUGAACUAUACCAAUGUCAUUGCACUUUUGUUGGAAACUACCGUUUUGAGAAGUUAUUUCUAAAUUGCGCCUUUUAAAGAGGAGUUUAGUUAACCAUUUGUUAACCAGGUGGGUAGGGAAGUUGUCAGCCCCUGUUUUGCCACAAUCCUUGUUCUGUGAGGAAUACAAAAUAAUACACAAACAGUAACACAUUGUAGACCAUACAUUUCCCAAAGCAUGUAAUACAUGAGUUGAAUGUGUUGGUUAGUACACAUUAAAUUCUACCUGUUAAAUGUACUUUGUUAUAAUGUAGUAAGAUAGUACAUGUGGCAGAAUUUGACUAGGUACAAUGACACUUCAGGCUUUCAGAAUAUUCAUCACCAACAGUAUAUACUCUAAGGUUUGGCUCAAUGUAUUAUUACUAGUAUUAUGACUACAUUUAAUUUAGCAAGCAUUUCCUCAUAACUUUUCUAAAGUUAAACAUUGUGAUAACAAAAUUGCAAACUGUCAUCUAUGGGAACUCAGAUAUGGAGCAGUUUUAUUGUUUUAACACAUUUCUAUCCCAAAAGGGGAUUUCAGACAGGAAAUAUCAUUUAACAGUAACUUGGAAAUCAUGUUUUAAGAUGAAAUUAAACUGUUUGCUUUAUGUUGUAGAAGUUAUGUCACUUAAGUUAUGAGUCUACGUUUAGUUUGGUGAACUCUCACUCUGUCAUAAUGUUACUAAAAUUCAAUAUGUUUAUACAUAGUUUGGAAAAUGGCAUCUAUGGGACCUCAAAGACUGUGUUUUUUAAAUGUAUUUUUAUACUUACUUAUUGGAUAGGUGAACUGGUCUGAGGACCAUUUUCAACCGUGACACAGGCCAGAGGCAGGGUGACAGUUAUAUUCAAACAUUAUGAUGAUUUAACAGACAGCAUUACAGUAAGAUUCUAUGCAGUUAAAUCUUAAAACAGAUUAGGGGAAAAAAUUCGGUGCUGUAUUUACAUAUAGACAAACUGAUACAGUGGCUGUCUGAAUAGGAGUUAUAGCAAAUUAAUAAAUAUGUUAUAUUGCUGUAAGUAUGAAAUACGCAUAACAUGAAAGGAGUAAGUAAAAGUAGGGGAAGAAGAUUUGGGGUAAGGAAGAGCACUGGAGCCAAUGUUAAUGAUGUAAAGGAGAAAGGCAUAGUUAUAAGGGUUAUUGGUGAGUACAGUCCUAGUUUGCCCUAAAAUAUUACUGUCCAAGUUCUGUCUGCAUUUCAUUUGAACAUUUCUACAUCAGAUUUGCCAAAUGCCAAUUAUGAGACCUUAAGCCAUGAACAACUGCAUUCUGCUUGCAACCAUUCUCCUCCUGAAUUUGUAUAACACUUGUCUAAGGUGUUUCCUUCCCAAACUUUGAAUUACAUUUACAGCGUAUCGUUCAUGAUCACCUUCCUCCAUCUCCAGAAUUUGUUACCCACUUCUUGAAUUUCUCUCCCAUGUUUGUUGUCCAGAGUCAACCACCCCACUUCUGAAUCCUUGUUCAGCCUUGAUUGUUGAAAGUGUGGCACAGUGGUUAGAGCUAUUGCCUCAUAGCUUCAUGAUGUGGUAUUUUUCUUAUCUCCUUACUGCCUUGUGGUUUUCAUGUUUUCCCAUAAUCAUGUGAAGUUCUUUUCCGUGCACUGGCUUUAAAAGACCUACUUAUUGGCUGUUCUAAAUUCUGUGUGCAUACAAUGCGUGUACGUACCUUUCCUACUUUAGUCCCAUUUGAAAGGGUCAACAUGAUCAGUUGUCUUACCCAGUUAAGCAAUUAUCUACAUAAAACUUUGUGCAGAAGUCAUAUGCGUUGAAGCUGUAAUAGCCAGAGAUUCCAUGUUGCCAUUCUGAAGGCAAACAUUUUUGUGGUCAAGCACAAAAGGCCUACAAAACAAAACUAGUUUAUCUGCAGUUUUAGCAGACUUUGUUUUAUUUAUAGUAACUGGACCCUUUUUUUUCUGGUACGUAUUUGAGUGCCAUCAUUUUUUGUCCAUUUGCAUGUAGUGCACUAUUUACAGCCAGAAAUGAAAGCAUGAGUAAAAAAAGUGAAUUCAUACAUUUGUCAAAGCAAGCAUAAAGCUACAAUGAUGUGCUGUUCUUUGCUUUGCUGAAAGAAGCUUGCAUAUGCUAGUGUUAAAUAUGAAAUGUAUAAGCAGUGCUUUUGUAAUGCUUAUUUGGAGGUAACAUUUCUUCUUUGCAGAGACCGUCUCACAUUUUAAACUGUCAUAUUUUCAGUAUUAGCCAUGUGGUGUGAUUUAAAAGCUUUAUUGGUAUUACGUGAUACCCGAGUUAUGCUGUAAUGUAGAAACAGUACUCAUUUCGUGUAUAAAACUUAAAUUUCAUCAGUCUGUUACCAUGUACGUUUGUUUCCAUUUGUAUAUUGUUUGUCUGCUUUAUUUAAUGCUUCUUAUUUUAUUUAAAUUUGAAAUAUCUAUUCCCAUUUUCUUUUCA